AUGCAGUGGCUCCUCAUUCUCACUCUCCUCACCAUCAUUUAUAUGCAACAGUUUUUCUGCAGGGCACAAGGCAACGGACAACUAGAAGUGAAGCCUGAGGAAAAAUCUGCAGAAGCCAGUGAGGUACAUCAGCGUAAAGAGUUUUGUCACUGGCCAUGCAAAUGCCCCCGUGUGCCAACCUGCACCCCUGGAGUGAGCCUGGUAAAGGAUGGUUGCGGAUGUUGUAAAAUCUGUGCCAAGCAGGCCGGAGAGAUCUGUAAUGAAGCAGAUACCUGUGACCCUCACAAAGGACUUUACUGUGAUUACUCUGCAGACAGGCCUAGGUAUGAAACAGGAGUAUGUGCAUAUAUGAUAGCAGUAGGAUGUGAGCUCAAUGGAGUGUAUUAUGUCAAUGGCCAGGCCUUCCAGCCUACCCCACUUUAUAAGUGUCUCUGUGUUAGUGGUGCAAUUGGAUGUACACCUGUAUUCACCUUAAAGGCAGCAGCAAGUCAAUGUGUCAUGGUCAACGGCAGAAAAAAGUCUGGACAUUCCAACUGUGGCCCUGGACAACAGAAACAGCUACAAUCAACAGGCUACAGAUUAAUGCCAGUUUACAGAAGUCUACCACUUGUUUUGAAGGAGAAGUGCUUAGUACAGGCAACUUCUUGGACACCUUGUUCCAGAACCUGUGGCAUAGGUAUAUCCAACAGAGUGACCAAUGAAAACAGUAAAUGUGAAAUGAGAAGAGAAGAGAGGUUGUGUUUCAUUCAACCUUGUCAGACCAAUAUAUUGAAGACUAUAAAGAUUCCAAAAGGAAAAACAUGUCAGCCAACAUUUCAGCCUCCCAAAGCAGAGAAGCUAGCCUUUUCUGGAUGCUCAAGCACACAAAGCUACAAACCUACUUUCUGUGGUGUGUGUCUGGACAAGAGAUGUUGCAUACCUAACAAAUCCAAAAUGAUCAUUGUACAGUUUGACUGCCCCAAAGAAAGCUCCUUUAAGUGGAAGAUGAUGUGGAUCACAUCUUGUGUUUGUCAGAGGAUUUGUAAUGAUCCAGGAGAUAUAUUUUCAGGACUCAAGUUAUUAUAA